CCCCUGCAUCCCACUAUUGAUUUGUCUGCAAAAUCUUACCCUUAGGUGAGUCUCUUCAAAUUGGGGUGAUUUCCCUAAAUUAUGGUCUAUGAAACCGUACCAAAUAUCGUACCGUAAAAGUUAGCAUUAUGAUAUUUUAUAAUAAAACCGUGGUUUAACCCUAGUUUAACCGUUAAAUUCCGCCUAUUGGUUUAGUCUCCGAUACUGGUAUUUCGUGAUUGAACCGCCGGUACGGUACGAUUUCAUGGACCAUGCUCUAAAUACAACAUUAAUUAAAGUUAAUUCCCAGAAUACAUAAGAUUUUUAAAAAUUUUCCCAAAUUACCAAAGUUUCAAAGGGUUCGAGUCCUUAAAACUCAAACAACACACUGGAUCGACUCUCAAGAACUCGAACUAAAAGCGGAUCGAGUGUGCAAAACUCGAUCAAUGUAGAUCAAUUUUGGAGGACUCGAUCAACACAGUUCGAUGACAAAGGACUCGAUCAAAACAGAUAGACUUUUGAGGACUCGAUCCAGUAGAUCGAUGCCAAAGAAGUCGCUCAUCACAAACAACUUUAGAAGACUCGAUCCGCAUCUGCAAUAGAUCGAUGGUUUAGGACUCGAACAACACUAGUUCGGUUGCCCUGGCCUCGAACCACUGUUUAAUCUUCUUUCGUCCAAACACAGACUGCAGCAGCUGGAGCACCAUAGCUAAGUAAAGAAGAAAAAUUUUGGAGGUAAUUUCUGCUUAUGUUGUUGAAUUAAUGAACAUUAGAAUUUUGGAUUAAUUUAGUAUUGUUUGAACUGUAUGAAAUGGGCUGCUUCUAUGAACUGCAUAAAUGGGUAGAAAUUUUCAAAAAUUUGACCUAUUGAUUCGGUGGAAUGGUCGAAUUACACAUUUUCAGAAUAGUAUUGACUACGAAGAUGAUGAAUCAAGUACUGUCCGGAUUGAGAGCGUAUUUACUUGGCAAGAACUCAACCACAUUUGUGCAGAACGAUGUUGCAUAGGGGGGUGAAGAGUAUGCAAGAUGACUUACCGUAUGCCGGUUUACAAGAAUUAUGCAUUUGUAUAUGAAGGAUCAGUUCUGUCUGACGAUGAUGACAUUAAUAUGAUGGUGAGAUUUAUUGCAGAAAACAUAUUUCCAUUUGCUGAGGUGUAUGUCGAUACAGAAGUUGUUGGCCAAUAUGGUGGUGGCGGUUAUACCAAACAAGGUGAAGGAUCGGGAGGGAUUUCCGGUUCAGGAGAUUUUAGAGUUCUGCAUGAUGUACCAUGGCCAAGAUAUGAGGAUCGAACUGCACCUGGUCCAUUCGCGGAACAUGAUGGACAGGAAUGGCCAGUAUGGGGUGAAGAAUGAGAUUGCAUAAGGGCACCCAGACAGGCACCCAGACCAGCAUCUGGCAUCAACAAUGAUCCAUAUGUGGAUAAACCAAGUCCUCCGUACACUAGCGAGACAAGCGACGUGGAAGAUGAAGAUUUAGAAUCAGCGAGUAGUUUAGAUGGUGAAGAUGUGGAAGUUGAUGAGGGGGAAUUUGAGCCCCCAACACCUCACUACACGAUGGUACACACAUCCUCUCUAUGCUCACAACGACGAUCUUUACCUACCUCCUAUACCUAUAUGGAAUCCUGAUUUUGGGUUCGUGGUUGGUCAAACAUUUGGAGGAAAGCCUCAGGUGGUUGAUGCAUUUAAAGAAACUGCUAUGCGAAGAAGCUUUCAAUAUCGUGUCAUCACUUCCGACACUAAACAAAUUCAUGUUCGUUGC